AAUCCUAAAUAUCCGAUAUCCCAUAAUUGCAUUCACUGCUGCAGCAAUGUCUCCACCAAUAGUCAUAAUUGAAGGCAACAUUGGAUGUGGGAAAUCUAAUCUAUUGCAGUAUUUGAAAACAGACUCCCGGAUUCAGGUUUUUGAGGAACCGAUCGAACUGUGGACAACGAAAGACAAUAAAAAUCUUUUGGAACUUAUGUACAAGGAACCUCAGCUGUACAGCUUCGACUUUCAAAAUUUGGUCAUGGAAAGCAUGAUGACUCAGAGGCAACGCCCAGAAUCAGGAAAAGUGGUUGUCUUUGAACGAUCAAUUUUUAGUGCUCGAUAUGUUUUUGCGGAGAAUCUCUACCACAAUAAAAUGCUUACAAAUCAGGAGCACGAACAGCUAAACCAGCAAUUCAAGGAAAAUGUACUGCAGCAUCAUCCGGUAAACCUAAUAAUUUACAUGAGAGUUGACGUUGAAACGUUGCAAAAUCGAAUUGCUCGUCGAGGACGAAAAGAAGAAGCUUCUGUGACAAAGACUUAUAUUGAGCAGCUAAACCAUCUUUACGACAAUUGGCUCCUAAGAAAACACUUCCCUGCUCCCUGUCCCAUAUCUACUGUAGAUGCAACGAUGGUUUCAGGAAAUUUAUACCCGUAUGUAAAGGAGAAAGUGUUGCGGGCGAUUCUUUAAUGUAUAUUUUGCUAAAUAGAAGGAAAU